GGUGCGAUUUUUAAAUAUUCGAGACCAGUUCGAAAUUGUAUAACGUUGGAAAGCGCAAAUGGACUGAUACACAAAAUAAGUGUCGGAAGCAGCGGCCCGCGGUCGGGGAACAUGUAUUCAAAAUACCGAUAUCAAGAUGAUAUCCUCAGUCAACUACAUUUCUUAUGUACCGACCCGGAAUAUCGUUGGAAAACGGCCACAUGCAUCCUCUCCCUAGUUGUGAUUCUGUCUUGGUUACUCGGCAGAUGGCGUCAGGAGGAUGAAGACUGCUGUGAUCCAGAUUCAGAUCUGCUGAUGUAUCUGUCCUCACAAAUAAACACCUUGGACACAGAAUGUUUGAACAGUGAGGAAUUGCUGAAAGAGAUCACAGCGAAUAUUGUGAAUUGUACAGCGAGAAAGAAAGCCCACAAGCAUGAUGCCUAUUCCAGUCAGUCUGAGGAUACGGAUGUUGGCCUAUCAGAUUUAUUCUCUCAUAAUCCGAUACUCUGGGAAACACUCAGUGGGCCUACCCAGAAGUCAGGGAGAGACCAUAUGUUCUUACAAAAAAGUUAUGAUGACCCAAGUAGUGAAAGUGAAAAGACGAGCCACACAUCUGGUUUAGGCCGAUAUGUAGGCCUAUCAGACUAUUCCAUUUCCACCAUGUCAACUACAAUUAAUUCUUCAUCAUUCAGCCUUUGUCCCACGAGCAGUGAUAUCAGCCUGUCAGAUGAAAUGUCCGAGUCUGACCAAAGCUCACUUACCACUAUCAGUACGGUAACAACAGCAUCAAAUUGUGGCUUGAAGGUCAGUCGACAGAGGCAGUUGUGGAAACGUGCUAUAUUGUUUGUCCGCAUUGUGGUGAUGUUGCUUCCGCAGAGAUUAAGACAGAAAAAAUACGUAUCAUUUCAAGAGUGGAAGGGAGAAGAAAAUAUGAAUUGCUCUGACACAAGUGUGAUUUCAGACAGCCAUCUCGAUAGCUCUGACAACAGUUUUCAGCAUAAACGGGCUAUGUUUGAGAAAUAUUUUAAAAUAGCAGAAGCUUUCAACAAACAGCCAAAACCCCUUAUGCCUAAUCAGUCUCAACAUGUUGGUCAGGCUCAAACAGACCUGAAAAAAGAAAAGGUAGAGAAUAUCAUGGCAUCCGUGGCUGAUGGGCCGCCUGUUCUUCCAUGUCUUGGUAAGGAGGUGACAGAUGCCCUGGAACGGUCUUUGAAAUGCAAUAUGGGAAAUGUUCACCUACAAAAUAAGGUUCCGCUGACAUGUCAAGAUUUGUAUGAUAAUGGAUCACCACCAUCUUCAUCUGAACUGGGCAAGGCUCUUGAAUCUGAAAUCACACCACUCUACUCAAGACACUGUCGUGGUGAUGAAACUAAAGAAAAUGUCACUGCCAGAAGACCACAUUUUGUUGUUGCUGAUCAAAAUCAUGAGAGAAAUGACCAGACCAGUUUCUGGGAAGUUAAACCAGUUACCAUAGCAGCAAAUUACCAAAGCCUGAGAUUGGAAACGGCCGAUAUAAAAGACAACAGCUCUCAAGAGGACUCUCAAAAGCCUAAUAGUCCAGUUAAGGGAAGAGGUACUCACAAAGACAUGGUUGAUGGGAUUAUCACUCUGGGAGGCACUAGUGUGGAACUGGCAGACAAGCAAAAGUGUCAGGAGGAAAUAACAUUUAGUCAACAUCAAAUUCCAUCUGGGUCAGGUCUCAAUAGCUGUUUGAAGAGUGCCAGUGAACCAGAUCUGUCCACCCUCUCCUCCAGAGAAGCAAAGGCACAAGGCGUAGACAAAGUAGCUCUUAACCCAAUCAACCUGAACCUGAGACAGAUGUAUUGGGAGCGAAAGAUGAAAACACCCACACUCUAUCACCCGUCCUUACGAAUGUUGACGACCAACGCCCAUGGUCAGUGGUCAUCCAAGAAACAUUUAGAAAAAGAAACACCACCAUUGGAAGAAGCCAGAACUCUUACUUUCACAAAAGGCAUUAAAGGCAAGCUGGAGUUCAACAUCAAACAGAAGGUGCUGUACCAGCUUUUGGGUCUUCCGUUGGUGGUACAGAGAUCUUUGGAUACCACCAUGAGAACAUCACAUAUGGUGAAAGAUUUGAAAAUGCUUCCUAACUCAAGUGAAGAAGAAACUUUGAGGAAACUUCGCCAGGAAAGAACAUCUCUCCAGAAGUGGAAUUUCCCAAAACGUAUUGUGAAAUCACUCAAAACAUUUGAGAUGCCUAAGGCUAUGGGCCUCAAAAACCUCUCUCUUUGCAAUGACAAAAAAACAAAAAAAUCAAAGAUGCCCUUGUCAAAUGACAAUAACCAAGGCCCAGCCAUCCAGGACAGUUGCAAGAGAUCUGACACUGAUACAGAGACUGGCAACACUGGUCAUUCCUCUCACACGUGAUUUAAACAAGCUUGUCAAAUUAUUUUUCAUUAAUAAAUAAAUGUUGAUGCAGCUAAAGGUUCUGACUUCAAA